CGUAUUUUGUCCGACCGGCGUUCUCGUUUUGUGACGUCAUCGGCCGGCGCAGGACCCCGAGCAGCUCUGAUCACCCGAGCAGUACCUGCGGAACAGCGCAAUUGGAACACAAAAUGGCUGCCUGGUUGCUGCGUUCAGGUCGACUUGGUUCACUCAAGUUCGAUAGCUGGGGCACUCUGAGGCUUCACCCCACUGUUGGGUUCUGCAUUGAAGCUAAAGAGCCAGCAAAAGCAGUGAAAAGUACAAAGAGUCCAGAGAAGACAGGUGAAGAUGAGAGGGCAGCCCUGAGGGCUUACAAGACUGCAGUCGCCUUUCCAGUUAAAUUUUCAGAUCCUAGAAUUUUGUCACCCUUCCUAGGUGUAACUGAAGAGCCAAUUAGUUCCACCGCCACAUCAGAUAUAGCUCCAGCAUCUGUCAUUUCUGCCACUAAAUUUGUUGUAGCCGAGUCAGAGUCAGUAGCUAUCCCUGCUUCACCUGAUCCAUAUCGACACCAAGAAGUAGUUUCUCACAUUCUUGCUGAUGAAGCUCUACCAGUAAUUCUCCUAGCUGGAGAAGCUUCAGUUGAGGCAAGUGGUAAAGGCUCAGUACCAGGAGAGGAGACCCCUGCUGUAACCAUAGAUGAUGUUGUAAAAACAGCUAAGGUCUCUUCUAAGCCUGGAGAUUCAGCAGCCGAAGAGCUAUCAUCUUCAUCGUCCAGCGACUCUGAUACAGAUUCAGAAUGCGACCCUGAAGAUAAGUUAGAGGUGGAAACUGAAACUAGAAGCUGUUCUUCAGAGUUACAGCAACCUAGUCAUCAAGAAAAGGGAGAGAUUGAAGAGCUGAUAGUUACUGGAGUGACUAAAGGCAUUACUAGGCCAGAGACAGAAUUAGCUCAAUCCAUAGUAGUGGCCUUUAGAGAUAAUUCUCAAGAUUUGGGCUUUGAGAUCCUCACUGCUCCAAAGGCUGCAGGUGAGCUUACCAGUUCAGAAUUUCCAACCGAUGCUGCUCCUACAAUCACUGAUGCACUGUAUGAAGCUCUACCCCUAGUUGUAGUGCACAGUGAAGCUCAUAAAAAGGCCUGGCCAAAUGCGCCUGGAAAUGCAGUAGAUUUGCUUACAGAACUUACAGGCCUUGGGGAUGCUGGUGAAGAAUCCUGGGAAAAAACUGCUAUUGGGCCUGUAGAGUCAGAAACAGUCUCUGCUAAUGUAGCUGCUGAUCAUCCAGCUGAAGUUGGCAGCUCUGCCCAUAGUGAAAAAAAGCUGGUGGACUCUGCCCAAGUCCUAGUGGAAGCUACUGGAGAAAAGCUGCAUGCAGAGACCGUUGCUGAACAGCCUGAGGAACCAGCAGAAGUCCCUCCAGAACCUGAGGAGCCUUUUGACAACAGCACUUACAAGAACUACCAGCACCACAGCUACACCAGCUACACAUUUGCAGACCUGGACGUAGAGAUGGCCAAGUAUCGUCUCCCUCAGCCGUCUUCCGGCAAACCCUCACCCAGACACUAGACGAGCAAGUGUAUGCGUAUGCAUAAACAGAUAUAUAAACCUGUGUCAAAGUGUGAUGUGAUUAAAGAACUGUAUUUUGCCUGAUGCA